CACAGUAUGAAGGUUACCAAUCCUUGGUGGUUACCAUCUUGCUGCGAUCCCGAUCACUAAUGUAUUUAUGAACCCGAAUAAAGUAAUGGGAAGCGUUGAAACCUUUGAGUGUCUUGAAGAUUUUAAUACAUGUCUUCAGCAGUAUGAGGAGGACACGAACACAAAAUUUAUCGUUUUGAAGAGCGAUCGUGCAUUUGGAAAAAGUGAUUUGACAGUGGAAAAACAGCUGCAGUGGGAAGUGAAGAUUGUUCCGUUCAAUGGCGUGCCUUUUAAGAUUCUUGGGAAAAAGACAUAUGUAUGUCACCAAGGAAGAGACAAGCACGCCAAAGCCAAACAAAGACGUCAGGAGAGUAAAGCAGAAGGUCAUGAAUAUCCAUGCCUGAAAACAAGACGCUUGAUGCAACCAACUAAAAAAAUGGGUUGUCCUGCGACCAUAAAUGUGAUUCAUAUUGUGAGGUUUCCUGAGUAUAAGAUAACUGAAGAUAACCCUUACCAGAAACGAGAAAAGUCAUCAGCUGUUAGAGAAGCGCUAAGACUUGAUCCAAAGCGUGUGCGAACAGAAGAAAUGUUUGCAGCCAGUUUCCCAGAUAUUAAGGAGCAUCAAAACCACCCCAUUAAUGGAAAGGAAUCAAGAGACAUUUGGAACAUCAUAAAAAAAGUCAAAGCAGGAAACAGGAAGUCCAGUGUGGACCAUCAUAAUCUACAGGCCUUGGUAAACACAUGGAAGGAAGAGGGCUGUGCCAUUGAGUACAGACCCUCUCAGGAGGAAGAGGAUGGUACCGUGGGGAAGAUGUUGCUGUGCUUGCAGACGCCAUGGCAGAGGAGGCUUAUGUUGCUGUAUGGACAGCAUAUGUGCUUACUGGAUGAGACCUAUCGAGCGGGCAGAAAUUCACAGCCACUUUUCUUUCUGUGGGUGAGGACAAAUGUCAGCUACGCUGCGGUUGGAGUGUUUGUAACUCAGACAGAGACUAAAGAAGUCAUCGCAGAAGCCUUGAAGGUGUUUCAGAAGUGGAAUUCAGACUGGAAUCCAUCACACUUCAUGGUGGGCUUCUGUGAGGCGGAAAUCGGUGCUCUGGAGGAGGUGUUUAAAGGUUCUAAAGUCCUCCUCUGUGAUUUUCACAGAGAAAAGGCAUGGAUGGAGUGGACAGGAAAAAAGGAAAAUGAUGUGACAUGUCAGGAAACGGUUCUUAAACUUCUACAGGCUAUUGCAGAUUCUCAGACGAAUGAGGACUUCGAGAACAGCACUUUUACCCUUCAGCAACAUCCAGACUGGCAGUCGAAUGAAAAACUGAGAAGUUUUUUCAGAAAAUGGCUUUGUCAUGCAGAGGCGAGUAUAUUAUUUCUGUGGAAGUUCUAUAAAUGGGUAAAUGUGUUCAGAAAUGAAAACCUGAAUGAAGCCGUCUUCACAAAUAAAGGUGUUGAAAGACAAAAGGAAGUCCUGAAGCAUUCCUACCUUAAAGGUCACAGAAACUGCAGCCUGAGCGAAACUCUAAUAGUCAUUAUGAGAGACUUCCUGCCGAGAUCCUAUCAAAAAUACAUUGAAUUGAAUAUCAAAUGCUCACGUAAAUACAGCGGAAAUGUGCCUUGUUUUCUAAGAGACAGACCAAGAAUAAUGGCUCAACACAUCAUGAAAAGGCACCAAGAGUCGCUGCUCUUCAAUGCAAGAGACAUAACGUCUGCUGGGGAGAACGUCUUCCGUGUUCAGAGUCAGACUUCACAGGAAGAACAUCUGGUGAACUUUGGAAAAGGCGAUGAGAUGCCUUCAUGUACAUGCAUGGACUGGAGGAGACAUCUUCUCCCAUGCCAGCAUUUCUGUGCUGUUUUUACCUUAGUUCCUGGAUGGAGUUGGGAGAAUCUCAGCUCUGCGUACAGUAAGAACCCCCUCUUCACGUUUGACGAGGUUUGCCUUGGACAAUCUAGAACACUUCCUCUUACUUCUGGUGAUCUUCAAGGUGAAGAGCCUCUGAAGAAGAAUCAGGAGAACGAUGAUAGUCCAGAGGGAGACGGCUGCACUUCCAGUCCAGAGAGAAGUCCGUCUCCUGCUGCUCCCUCAGAGAGCAUCCUGAUCACCCCUAGUGUUCAAGCAGAAAAAAGGGAGAAAUGCGGUACCUUGUUAAAGGAGAUAUCUGAUUUGACAUGCCACAUACAUGAUGGGACAUUUCUAGAUUCAGUAACUGAUCGCCUUACAAAUCUUUUAGAAGAUUUGAGGCGACACACUGCCCAUGAUGACAUCCUUAACCUUUCCUACACACCUCCAUCCAAGAAAAUGUGUUCGUCAGCACCCGCCGGGCACCCAGAGCCACUCAACACAAUCCCAGAAAGAUGUCCUCUAUCUGGAAUAGUUGGUGAUGCGGACAACCCCCAAAAGUGACUUUUAAGGUGUUGCUUCUCGUGUGCAUCGUGAUUUGUGUCCGUACAAAUUUUUGCCAUUAAAAUUUGUAAUUUUGUUGUAUGUGUGGUAUUUUGAACUGUAGUCUCUCCUGUUCUUGAGAGAUAAUAUUGGUGAUGUAGCUUCACGGUCUGGGCUGGUAACUGAAAGGUCGUAAGUUUAAACCCCGCAUGUGGUGGUGGAUCAUUGUUCUGUGCGGUCCUGACAAAACCAGCCUGCUGGUCAUUAAAAUAGCCAUCUUGAGCAUUUUU